AUGUUUGGUAUCAAUGGAAUCAUCAAGACAAGAUCUAUUCAUUGGAACUUAAAGGUUGCCAAGAAACGUUUCAAAAAGCCCAAAAAACGAGGCAUUUGGACUCGUUUACUUGAGGUCUGGAACUAUGGAAACAGAGACUUUGUCAAACAGAAGCUGGAUUUCAAGACCAUUUUAGAAAGAAAUUUAGAGACAUCCAUCACUCCAUUCAAUCUCCAAAAAUGGCGAUUCUUUGGCCCCACGAUCGUCUUGGCGGCGCUCAUUGGUGUUUUCGUGGCUAUGAUGGUCUUCAUGGGAAUCUGCUGGUGCUUGAAUGACAAUGAUAAGGCUCCAAACCAGGAACCAACGUACAACUCCAUCCAGAUAUUGCAUGGUAAUGGAUUUGGCCAGUCAACAAGACCUCUUCCUGACAGAAAUGUUGCAAAACAUUGGUUGGCAGGGAUUUGUGCUGGAUUGAAGUACCUCCAAGAGGAAAAUGUCGCUCAUCGUGGUAUCAAGAGAGAAAAUAUGCUCUUGUCAACAUCAGGACACAUGAAAAUCAGCGACUUCGGGUUUGCGAAAUCUGGAAUACCCGCCACUCAUUGGACUCGCACAGUUUGA